UCGCUCUCAGACUUCUCUCUGAUAAAAGUGUUGGCGCAGGAUAUCACCUUUCUCUUUUCUCGGAUAUUUGCCUUUGCUUAUGUGUUGAAAACUAUACGCGCCGACAAUACUAAUUGAACGCUGUCUUAUACGAAGCCAGAAGCUAGAAGAAGUUAAUUGAAAAACUUAGAAGUGAACCGUUUAGGAUUGUGCUUAACUGUUGUGGUUUGGAAAUUGAUUACUCGAAUAAAAUUGCAAAAUUCCAAAGUGUUACGGUUGCCGAGUGUUGCUAAGUGCUUCGCUUUCGAAUUUGGCGGUUCCACCUGUGGGCUAAUUAAGCGCGACCGUGCGUGCAAAAGAUUAAUCUUCUUCGUUUGUGCUAAAAGACUGUAAUUGUUAAUAAAGAAUAUUGUUGCAUUUUGGUUAAAUCGAAAUAUGCUCAUCACUCGGUAAUUUAUACGUCGUCCUUUUCGCAAGCCUGGCUUGGCACGUCCUUGACCUACACGGCAUAGCUGUGUAUCUUACAAAAGCAAGAUUGGAUAAUGUACAGUGUCUAUCUGCUUUUAUUUAUUCUGACUAUAUGGACUGGAUUUACUUUGAGCGAUGUGCAGUGCAAUGAUUUUUUUGAGCAAAAAUGUCCUGGAAAUGUGCAUAAUUACAAUGUAGUUAUGUAUGAUUCUUCAGUUAAUUAUUGUUCUGACAAAGAUGUUCCUACAGAAUUCAACUUUACCAAAAUAUCUACUAAAAAUGAAAGAGGAGAUCAUUUCAAGAUUGAUUUUGAGGCUCCUAAAACGGAGUGCGGCUAUGGAGUUACCUUAUUGGUUGAACCAUCUAUCAAAAAUGAAAGAGAAUGUUUAGAGUAUAAAUUUGAACUUAAUGAUAUUAAUGCAAAUAUACAUACUGUAGAAAAGUCUUUGUACAUUAUUGCAAAUAGUUCUAAUCAGCUUGUAAAAUAUAAUGAUAAUUCAACAGUAUCCUUAUGCAAGGAUAAUAUCUCGCUGGAGUUCUAUUAUAUCUUCACAGGAUGUUAUGCAUUACGGUUUUAUCUUGGUAGAGAACAGGGAUACAUAAUAAGAGGUCAUAAGUUUUUAAAUACCUCUUAUAGACGUAUGGAAGUUAUGGAACCAGAAUUUACCUGUAAAUAUGACAUAUAUCCUCAUGAUGAAAGACAUGAAAUAACAAAUUUCACACUACAUACUUCACUACCAGCAGAUACAGGACCAUUACUUAAAAUUGGAAUAAUACCAGAUCGUGAUAAAACUUUACCUUGUUCCUGGUCUGCAUUGCCAAAUCGUACGUGGAUUGUUGAUCUGGAGAACGAGACAUCAGAAAGUGAUGUCUUAUUUUUACAGAAGAACAAGACAUCAGAAAGUGCUAGUUGCAGUAUAAAUGUGGUACGGGGAAACGGGGAAUACAUAAAGACUGUGCAAUGCAAUUUUCAAGUGCAAUUUUCAACUACGCAAACAACAGGUUAUUGUUUCAUAUUGUUUAUAAUUGACGAACGGUGCCAUAAAGAUACUAUCUGGAAACCACCUAUGUAUAAAAGGACAACGUGCACAUGGUUGAAGCGUUGCACUAGAAUCUUCAAAACCUCGGAACAAAUUGAAAAUGUAGCAAAGUCGAGUCAGUUGCUGCAUACAGGCUCAUAUUUAUUGUUGCCAAUCAUUGCCAUCAUAUUGGUCGUAUUGGCAAUAGUUGGAGCAUUAUAUUUCAUUCAUUAUUUACGCCUUCGCAACGAGGGGGUCAAUCUGUACGUAAAUCCGCAACAGGAUGAUUUCACGAAUUCUACUUGUCUGAAAUCCACCGAUUUCGACAUCGUUGAGAGCAACGACAGCAAAAAGGAUAUCGAUCGCGAUAAUCUCGCGUAUGACGACAUUGUACUUUUAUAUACUAAAAGUUCGGUGUCUUUUAUGACGAUGAUGAAGGAUUUCCGUGAGAUGCUCACCAAAAUGUGUUCCUGCACCGUGCAUGACUGGCAUGACGGUGCUGAGUGGAAUGAUGUAGCUAGAGUCGGUGCUGUUUUAUGGUUUACCAGAUUGCUUAACAGCGGAUGUCGCGUUGUUUGGAUAGAUACGUCGGCCACAAGAUCCGUAGUUAUAUCAAACUCGAGGGAGAGCGACACGAACUUGAAUAAACUCAGCAAAUAUUACGAGAUAGGCGAUUUCCGCGACGUGGCAUUUCCCGUUGUACUUGAAUUGGCAAAACGCAAUACGAAGGAUCUCAUGUUUCAGUAUCGCAAACACUUCGUCGUGAGGUUCGAAGGCUUGGAAAGCUCGGAAAACGUCAACGAUCCGUAUUUGGAUCUCUCUCCGCAUGCGCGCUACCUCAUACCGCAGCAUUUUGCGCAGUUGUGCUCGGAUCUGUCGCUGAUACAACCAGCGGGUUCAAGAUACGAGAUGAAAGCGGAGGAGGAUCUCUUGCAGCAGCGUCUGAAAUUUAUGAGGAUGGAGUCAAUAAUGUGAAACGUCGACUGAUCAUGUUCUCAUAGGACGUCAGCAUUAUCAACGUCACGGCUGGCCGACAUAAUGAUACUUCACUCGCGUUUUCGACGCGAAAUGCUUGCGAAAGCGAAAAUUUCACCGAAGAUACUACCUCAAACUCGAACGUCGUCCGCUCGCGAUGGGUGCACUAUGAUGUUUUUAUUCGCAACGGGCAUACAGUGUGCGCACGUGUGUUCCGAUUUUGGCGGAACUUCAUAAAUUUAUCGUGUCGACACGGAGAUGUAUAUAUUUGUGACAUGAAAUAUGUAUUUUUAUUAUGCGUUUGGAGAAAUAAAAUCUCUACGAUACACGAUCUUGUUAA